UAUCUGGGUGUUAUCUAAGCUUUGGCUGGUAAACAAGUAGGCUGUGUCUCUACAUCAGUUGGGAGUGGACAGAUCCCAUGGCUCAUCAGUCUCGGGUCCCAUCCCCUUUUAUUGAAAGCAAUAAGCCCACAAUGCUUUCGUAUAAGGCUGAGCGGACUGAGAUUUUUCAGCACUGCAGACUUGCAGGAAAAACCAUGGAACUGCAAAGAAAGUCGCCCUUGCUUCCUUCUGUUAUGUAAAGAAAUAUUUGUAGAAGGAUCCUGCAGUGAGACUGAAAGUAGCUUGAUAAAGGCAUGCUCUGUUGCUGGUCUGGGUGAUCUAUGGCAUCUACUGGACCCACCUGUCUACUCACUGCAUCCUUGAUUGUAUAAGGUGUUUCCUCUUGUGCAGAGUUCUUACGUAGUGCUCGAUGGAUCUUUGUUGGAUAACAGGACUUCUGACAGGCCUGGCAGCUCUGCAUUUCCUGCAGAAGAAGUUUUUCCCCUACUUUUGGGCUGACCUGAGAUACCUGCUGAAAGUGAUCCGCUACGGACUUCUGAUUGAGAAGUAUAAAAGGACAGGUCAUGUAGUGACUGUUGUAGACCGUUUUGUUCAGCAAGCUCAGCGGGUACCUGAUAAGGCUUUUAUAAUAUUCCACGGAGAUACCUACACCUUCCGAGAUGUGGACAGGAGGAGCAAUCAGGUGUCCCAAUAUUUCUUGAAGAAUUCUUCAUUGAAAAAGGGGGAUACCGUCGCUAUGCUUAUGAACAAUGAACCAGAUUUUCUCAACGUGUGGUUUGGGUUGGCUAAACUUGGCUGCCAGGUGGCAUUUCUUAACUACAACAUCCGUUCCAGGUCCUUGCUGCAUUGUUUCCAUAGCUGUGGAGCCAAGGUCCUUAUUGUGGGAGCAGACAUGCUUGAAUCAUUGGAAGAGAUCCUACCAAGCCUGCAGGAAGACAACAUUACAGUUUGGGUAAUGGCUAGGGAAACGAGUCUCCCAGGGGUAACUGCUGUCCUAGACAAGCUGGAUUCAGUAACAGAUGAGCCUGUGCCUGCAAACCUGCGCUUUGUCAGCAGCACUAACGCUGCAACGCUUUAUAUCUUCACAUCAGGAACUACAGGUCUUCCAAAAGCAGCUGUUAUAAGUCAGCUUCAAGCAUUGCGGGGUGCUGCUGGAUUAUGGGCAUUCGGGGGCACUCCUGAAGAUGUUGUAUAUGUCACACUACCACUCUACCAUAGUGCUGCCUCCCUUGUUGGGAUCGGUGGAUGUGUCUACCUUGGUGCAACUUGUGUACUGAGGAAGAAGUUUUCAGCGAGUCAGUUUUGGAUCGACUGCAAAAAAUAUAAUGUUACAGUGUUCCAGUACAUUGGUGAACUAUGCCGCUACUUAUGUAAACAGCCUGUGGAUCCCGGUUCAAAAGUCCGUUCCUUUCCUGAUUCGUAUUUAGACAAAUCCGAAUUGUUGUUUUCGGAUGAGUCAAAUGAUAAUUAUGAACAAGUGUUCGUUGCAGAAAAGUGA